CCAAAAAAAAAUAGCCGAAUAUGGCUCCUGCUGUCAACCUUAGGCAGGUCCUGGUGGAAAUCCCAAACCCUCAGCCUAAAAUCGCCGUUCAUCUGCGGAGGUCCUAUGAAGAUAUUCUGAAUUCUACAAGAACAGCGCCUCCAUUAUCAUCCCUUCGUGUCAAUAUUCCAACAUCUUACCUGAGAAGGGAGAGUAUCCCAUCAAAUGACCACCAGCUGGUUCCAAAUCUUGAAGUUGCAACACCAGAAAGCAUCUCUGGAAUAUCACCAGUUUCAAGGAGCUUUGGAGGAGAAGAGCAAAAUUCACAUUUCAAUUCACCAACAUCCUCCAGUUAUCAGACCAGAACUUGGCAAAGUGGUAAAACAAAAGAAAUGCCCAUGAAGAAACGACGAUUAAAUGUUAAGCACGACGUAAAUUUUGAACCCAAAUUGAAUGACUCUUCGUCUUCUCAGCUUGUGAGCACCCUGUUACUGCACAGCCAUCCAGAACUGGAUCAGAACCUAAAGUUAGUUCUUCCUUCUCUAAUCCUGAAAAUUCUUCAAGAACAGCUGGAACUAAAUAAGAGCAACGUUUACCGAUCGAUUCCACGGUGGCGCUUGGGUUCCAACAGAGAUGCGUACUGCUUCCGAAAAGCGCAUGCUCAUCUUCAGGCUUUCAAGAAAACGUGCCUGGAACAAGGGCGAUUAUUGUUGCAAGCAGAGUGUUGGGAAACUACAACAGACUAUACAUUAAUUGCCUGGAGAUACACAAGUGAACUUCCUCAUUGGGAUAAUAGCUUCCAUAAUGAAUGCACGCAGCAAUGCUUUACUGCUUUGGCUGUUCAGAGCAUGAUUGGCUUGCAGAGAAGCUGCCUAGAAUUAGAAAAGUAUAAACAACUCAAGAAAAGGUUUCAAGUGGCAUGUACACAGAACAAAUUGAUGAAACCCUGCCUUCAGCAGCUGGAGGGGAUUGUGAAGGAUUUGGAGUACAGUGGCCCAAAACCAGAAUCCAUCUCAUCUACCUGUUGAUGGUUGGAAAGACUUGAAUGUUUUGGGAUAAAGAUAAGAAAAGCAGCCUGCAUGCUGGCCUGUCCGCAGUAAGAAGAUCCCGAUGACCAAUUUGAAAGUGGCAACUGAGUUAGGGCCCGUGCAUUGCACGGAGCCCCGAAAGAAUGGGUUUUGUUCAACUCGCAGUUGCAUUGUUUUUAAGGAGAAAGGUUAGGGGCAUCUUGACGAGGGGUACUUGAAUAAUAUUGAAAGGUUUUGUCUGCGGAUAUUUUGCAAGCUGCAAUGUUUUUCCUAAUGCUCAGAUCGGAAGCUAUUGACGAGAAAAAUGAAUGUGGAAGAAAAUUCUUGACAGACACUUUCUUCUCACAAGGUACGCUGGCAAGAGAAUUGAAUUUGGAAUUGGAAGAAGAGAGCCACUAUGGGAUCUUACCUAAAAACACUGAAACUGCAUAGCUUGCUUGUGUUAGCCUUUGUGAGACUGAUUUCAGGAAUAUUAGCAAUCAGCUCUACGAAUCAUUCCUCUGUACAUCUCUG